AUGGUGGUGGAGAGGACACUUCUAGCAGCACGACAAGGGGAUGUGCAAACUCUGAAAGUGCAAUUCGAAGAGAAGGUUCUCAACAGCGAGGUGAAGGACUUGCUCGGAGCCUCUCCUGUCCAUCACGCGGCCCGGUCCGGAAAGCUAACCUGUCUGCGGUACUUGGUGGAGGAAGCGGGUUUACCGGGAAACUGCCUGGCGAAGAAUGGUGCGAGCCCGGCGCACGACGCGGCUGCCACGGGCAACCUGGCCUGCCUGCAGUGGCUCGUUACGCAAGGAGGCUGUCGCGCAACGGAUCGGGACAGUUCGGGGGCCACCGUGCUACACCUGGCUUCCCGCUUCGGCCACCACGAGAUCACCGACUGGCUGCUGAAGAGCGGAGAAGGGGACCCCGGAGUCGCAACGGAUACGGGGGCUCUGCCUGUCCACUACGCCGCCGCCAAGGGAGACCUCCCCUCACUCCGGCUGCUGCUAGGCCACAGCCCAGAUGUAGUCAAUGCCCAAACAAAGAAUGGUGCCACACCCCUUUACUUGGCCUGUCAGGAAGGUCACUUGGAGGUCGUUCAGUACCUGGUGAAGGACUGCGGGGCGGAGCCUCACAUCAGAGCCAAUGACGGGAUGACACCUCUGCACGCUGCUGCUCAGAUGGGCCACAGCACUGUCAUUGUCUGGCUGAUGAGCUUCACGGACAUCAGCCUGGCGGACCGGGACAGUGACGGUGCCACAGCCAUGCACUUCGCCGCCAGUCGCGGCCACGCCAAGGUCCUGAGCUGGCUACUGCUCCACGGGGGGGAGAUCGUGACGGACAGCUGGGCCGGGACCCCCCUGCAUGACGCCGCUGAGAAUGGGGAGCUCGAGUGCUGCCAGAUUCUGGUGGUGAACGGGGUGGAUCUCGCCAUACGGGACCAGGACGGCUUCUCGGCGGCAGACCUGGCCGAAUACAACGGACACGCCCAGUGUGCCAAGUACCUGCGCACCGUGGAGAAUAUGAGUGUGGAGCACCGUGUUCUGUCCCGGGACCCCUCUGCUGACCUGGAGUACAAGCAGCCCGACUCGGGUCACUCCUCCCCAAACACCACCAUGUCCACCUCCGCCCAGCCGGCCCGCUUCAACGUGGGCUCCCCCUCCAGCACCCUGUCCAACUACGACUCCUGCAGCUCCAGCCAGUCCAGUACAGGGGAGAAGAGCACAGCGCCCCCUGCUGGGGACCCCGCUGUCUCCUCAGAACCGGGCGUCUCGGACAUGCAGACCUACAUGGACAUGCUGAACCCAGACGUGGGGGCCGGAUCUCCAGCGAAGCAGGCACCCGACUCCUCUGCUCCCCCACCUCCUCCACCAGCCUUCCCUCCCCCUCCGCCCCCCGUCAGCCACCAGCAACCGCCUCCACCCCCCAGCUACCCCCCACCCAACCCCCCCGAGGACCAGCCCUCUGCAGAGAUCUAUGUGAAGGUGAAAAGCAAUCUGCGCCACGUGGAGACCGAUGCCAUUAAGAGGGAGGUGAGUUCUUGCUCACACACAAACACACUGCGCAGAGUCGACUCCAACAGGAAGUCGCGCAGUUUCAGCAAACAGCCCAGCACUGGGGACUACUACAAGACACUGGGCAACGACACAGCCGAACACCGUGGGAACAGAACCAUGGCACCUAAUGAGGAGGGUUCUGUGUUGCUGGAGGAGUCAGUGGAGAGUGCUCCCAGCCCAGAGAACGGAGCCGCAGGGGAGCUGCCCCCACCGCCUCCCCCGCCCCCCCUCCCACAGAGUCACCCCACCACCACUCCACCUCCACCGCCCCCACUGCCCACGGAAAAGACGAGCUCGGAGAAGACACCCUCGGAAAAGACACCCUCCCAGUGCUCUACCACCAGCCCCCGCCGUCUGUCCUCCUCUGGAAGCACGAAGUCCUUCAACAUGAUGUCCCCAACGGGCGACAACUCGGAGCUGCUGGCGGAGAUCAAAGCGGGAAAGAGCCUGAAGCCCACGCCUCACAGCAAAGGAUACACAACAGUUUUCUCCAACAGCGGCCCGCCAGGGAACGACCCGUCCUCCCCACCCCCAGCGAGCCCAUCCACCCCUCCAAUCCCCAGCCCGGCCAGUGGUGCGGCCCCCAAGCCCAUGUCAUCCUCGCUCAGCUGUGAGCAGCUCCCCCUGGUGGUGAACGGCAACUCAAACGCAACAAAGACGCGCAAGUCCAGUCUGGCGGACAUGGAGGCGCUGGUGCCCACCCACGACGAGCAGGGCCGGGCCAUCCCGGAGUGGAAGAGGCAGGUGAUGGUGCGCAAGCUGCAGGCCAGGAUGCAGGAGGAGGAGGAGAACAAACGCAAGGCAGAGGAGGAGGCGGCGCGUUUGGCUUCCAUGCCGGCCUGGAGGAGGGAUAUCAUGAAGAAGAAGCUGGAUGAGGAGAAGGAGCAGAAAAGAAAAGAGGAAGAACGGCUGAAGACGGAGAAGGAGAACGAGGAGAAGACAGAGCUGGCGAGGCUACGGACCUUGGGUUACGACGAGACCAAGCUGGCGCCAUGGCAACGGCAGAUAAUCCUGAAGAAAGGGGACAUAGCGAAACAAUAGAG